AAAUAGAUUACUUUGUCUUUUCUCAUUCGGGUUAGCUCGCGAAACUGAAUCUGGUGUACUAAAUUAAAGUACGGACAUUGCAAUUUUCGAAAUCCGGCGAUAUAAAUGGGUUUCAUAGUCGGCGUUGUGAUCGGACUCGUCGUCGGAGUCGCAAUCAUCAUCGGCUUUGUCAAGUUGGAGAAUUCUCGAUCCAAGCUUCGCUCUGAACUUGCGAAUACGGUGGCUGCUUUUGCGAGGAUGACGGUGGAGGAUUCCAGGAAGCUUUUGCCUCCUGAGUUUUAUCCUUCCUGGGUUGUCUUCUCCGAGCGUCAGAAGUUGACUUGGCUUAACCAUCACUUGACAAAGAUCUGGCCUUAUGUUGAUGAGGCAGCCUCUGAGCUUAUAAAGGCAUCCGUGGAGCCUGUUCUCGAGCAAUAUAGACCUGCCAUAGUGGCCUCCUUAACGUUUUCUAAGCUUACUCUCGGUACAGUGGCGCCUCAAUUUACAGGUGUUUCCAUUAUCGACGGUGAUAAAAAUGGGGUGACCAUGGAACUUGAUAUGCAAUGGGAUGGAAAUCCAAAUAUAGUACUUGGCGUCAAGACCUUAGUUGGUGUAUCUCUCCCAAUUCAGGUGAAAAAUAUUGGAUUCACUGGUGUUUUCAGGCUGAUUUUUAGGCCACUAGUUGAAGACUUUCCUUGCUUUGGAGCUGUCAGCGUUUCUCUUAGAGAAAAGAAAAAAUUGGACUUCACCCUUAAGGUUGUUGGAGGUGAUAUUUCAGCAAUUCCUGGACUUUCUGAAGCCAUUGAGGAAACAAUUCGGGAUGCCGUGGAAGAUUCUAUCACAUGGCCUGUUCGGAAGGUCAUCCCAAUUAUACCUGGUGAUUAUAGCGAUCUGGAGCUAAAGCCUGUUGGAAUGUUGGAGGUGAAGCUUGUGCAAGCAAAGAACUUGACCAACAAAGAUCUAGUUGGAAAAUCAGACCCCUUUGCUAAAAUGUUUAUACGCCCUUUGCGAGAAAAGACUAAAAGAAGCAAGACAAUUAACAAUGACCUGAAUCCCAUCUGGAAUGAGCAUUUUGAAUUUGUUGUCGAAGACGCGUCAACUCAACAUUUAGUGGUCAGAAUAUAUGAUGACGAGGGUAUACAAGCAUCUGAGCUUAUCGGGUGUGCCCAAAUCCGGCUUUGUGAACUCGAACCUGGUAAAGUGAAAGACGUCUGGUUGAAGCUGGUCAAAGAUUUGGAGAUCCAGAGAGAUACCAAGAACCGUGGAGAGGUUCACCUUGAGCUCCUUUACGUCCCUUAUGGUUCGGGAAACGGCAUCGUAAAUCCCUUUGUCACUUCAUCGAUGACUUCCUUAGAGAGGGUGCUCAAGAAUGAUACAACAGAUGAAGAAAAUGCAUCAAGCCGUAAAAGAAAAGAUGUCAUUGUAAGAGGAGUGCUCUCUGUGACAGUGAUAUCUGCAGAAGAGAUACCAAUACAAGAUCUGAUGGGGAAAGCUGAUCCAUAUGUUGUUCUCUCGAUGAAGAAAUCAGGUGCCAAGAGCAAAACUCGGGUCGUCAAUGACAGCUUGAACCCGGUUUGGAACCAGACUUUUGAUUUUGUAGUUGAAGACGGGUUACACGAUAUGCUAGUCCUUGAAGUCUGGGACCACGACACCUUUGGAAAGGACUACAUUGGCAGAUGUAUCCUCACGUUGACAAGGGUUAUAAUGGAAGAGGAAUACAAAGACUGGUACCCAUUAGACGAAUCCAAAACGGGCAAGCUUCAGUUGCAUCUCAAGUGGAUGGCUCAAUCAAUUUAUCGCGACUCCUAAGCUUAAUGGGAAAGAUUCUCAACUUCUAAUGUACAUUUUGUCUAGUAGCUUCAAACGGAUUUACUUUGUCAAACAGAGAAGAGUCCGCAUGUAGCCCAGAAGCUAUGGACUCGAAUAUGAGUUUUCCUCUUUUUCUGAAAACCCUAGACAAUACUUGUGUACUUGCUUCAUAAGCAAACAUGUCCAACUCAGAUGUCAUAAGGGGUUUGGUCUUUGCGUGCAUCACAAUCCUUCAA